AUGAGGCUCCUUCACACAACGAAUUUGGAGGUUGUCAGCUUUGUUGGCGAUCCUCCUCGAUAUGCAAUCCUCUCGCACACAUGGGAAGAUGAGGAGGUCUCACUCCAAGAUCUCUAUCCCGGCGGAAAGGGGAAACAAAUGAAAGGAUACGCCAAAUUACAGGAUAGCUCUGCUCUCGCAGCCAGUCAGGGCUAUGAAUACAUCUGGACUGAUACGUGUUGUAUUGACAAGACUAGCAGCGCUGAACUAUCAGAGGCCAUCAACUCCAUGUUCAGGUGGUACCAGGAGGCAGGCGUGUGCUAUGCGUUUCUAAACGACGUAUCCACAACUAGCUCCAUCGUCGACUCUGCUACUGCUGGCUCGGAUGAGGACGCAAUUUUGCGCGAGGUGGUAGCAGCGCGCUGGUUCACCCGGGGUUGGACACUUCAAGAGCUAAUCGCCCCCAAAGCUCUCCAUUUCUUCAAUAGGAACCGGGCUCACCUGGGUUCCAAGGAUGAAGCCACUAGGGCUAUUAACCUUGCUGCCGGGAUUCCUCCCGAGGCAUUUCUUGGAUCGGAUCUUUCGGAGAUUUCCUCCUUCAGCGGCCUUCUUGCAGAGGAUCCUUCAUGGUUCACUGCUUCUGCAUUCCGGCUCAAGGGCAAUCUCAGUCCCAUCCCGUUGCAAGACCCCUCAGCGACCAUUACCAAUAAAGGCGUCAAUCUUCGGUGGGCCAUCCUACGGGUUACUAAUGACCCUGCAUGCGCUCUCCAUAUUGCCAUGCUUGCACAGUCGGGCGACACGAGCGGUGGCAUCGUCAUCCAACAACUGGAUGAAGAUGGCUCGGACUUCUGCCGCGUGCUCCCAGGAAGCGCUCCUGGCUCCCUCCGCAAGCACACCACGAAAUAUAUCCAUGCGUCAAAGCUUUAG